AUGCUGGCGGCGCUGGCCACCGCCUGGUCCCUGCUGGCUGCCGCCUUCCUGACGGCGCUGCUGCUGCUGCUGCUGCUCCGGCGGGCCCCGGCGCCGCGGGCCGGGGGCGUGGGCCUGGUGAUCUCCGGCCUCUUUCAGGACCUCAUUCGCUACGGGAAGACGAAGCGCGGGAGCGGGCAGCUCCCGGGCUGGCUGCGGCUCCUGCAGGUGCCCAAGAGAUGGUUUACUCACUUUUAUGUGGUUUCUGUGCUCUGGAAUGGUUUUCUGCUGAUCUGUCUUUUUCGAGCUGAGUUCCUUGGAGAGUCACUUCCAUUAUGGAUUCGGGACAUGCACCAUGCUCUUGGCAGAGAUUCUCAGAGCAAGGACAUGGAUAGUGAGCACUUCUCUGCACUCCUGGUUCUCUUGCUCCUUUGGCUGCAUAGCUGUCGAAGACUUGUAGAAUGCCUCUGGACCAGCGUGUUUUCCAGUGGUGUCAUCCAUAUCGUGCAGUAUUGCUUUGGACUUGGUUACUACAUUGCUGUUGGCUCAACUGUGCUGUGUCAAGUGCCUGCUAAUGUCAGGAAUGGAAAAAAGCUUUCUGUGCAGAUCUGCUGGUAUCACAUUAUAGGAGUUAUGAUGUACAUUUGGGCCUCUCUUCACCAACAUAGAUGCCUUGCAAUUCUAGCUAAUCUUAGAAAAAGCAGAUCAGGAAAGGUUGUAAGUCUGAGCCACAGCGUGCCUUUCGGAGACUGGUUUGAAAGCGUUUCUUGCCCUCAUUAUUUUGCAGAGCUCCUCAUAUAUGUUUCUAUGGCCAUCACACUUGGAAUUCACAAUGUGACGUGGUGGUGUGUAGUGAUGUAUGUUCUUUUUAACCAGGCACUGGCUGCUGUUUUGUGUCAUGAGUUUUAUCAGAAAAACUUUAGCUCCUACCCAAAGCAUCGAAAAGCAUUUAUACCACUUGUUUUUUAGAUAUUUUUUUCCUAAAGUAUUUUCAUGCAAACUUGGAGUAUAAGAGAUUAAUAGUUUAUUAAAACCAAGGUAAAGCUGCACACUUUCUCUAAUUCUACCUCAAAAGCUCGUAGUUUUAAUGACAGUACCAUUCAUGUAACCAAUUUGUGAGGAAGUGUAAGGUCUCUGCAUAUCAUGCAAGCUAAAAAAAGGUUUCCUGAAGACCUUGAUUCAAAGUGGAGAGAUCCUAAUUGUAUCUUUUCUCUUUUAUAGUUUUAUCUUAUGCAUAAAACACUUGCUGUUGUGCAGCAAGUCCAAAUUCAUAUAUGUGAAAACUACUGAAAGGAGGGAAUAAUUUGAACUACUCUAUUUCAUGUCUUGAGUAAUAUUUAAGCAUAUUUAUUUCCAAGUCUCUUUUCUUUGAGUCACUUCAGAGGGAGGCAAAUUGUGUAUCUUUCUGUGCUUCCCUGGUGACAAUGAAAACCAGCCACUGCUUUACAACUAUAAGCAUGAAAAGCAAUAGAGAAAGCUGCAGUGGUGGAGUGACUCAUGCUCAGCAGUGGAGAUAAUGCAGCAAAUGGGUCUGUUUAUCUCUUCUGCACCAAAGUGGUUUUGUUCAUUGAUGAAGACCACUUUAUCCCUAAACUGGGAAAAUAGCAGAAGGUUCUCUGACUAAAAAGACAGUAGAAGAGAAUUUGCAGAAAAUUAAUGUUCUUUGUUGUGGUUCUGUUGUUUUCAUUGUGGGUUAUUGGAAUCCCUCGUGUGUUAAGAGGGGACAGCUGUGCAGGAUCAUGAUGACCACGACUACACUGGCUUUUAAACAGCUAUAAUGAACUGCCUAAGCAGAGCACACACAGAAAGCAGUACCUGACAAGCAUUGCAAAGAAAUUCUUUUUUGGGGAGAUGAUGUCACUCUGCACAGAGACAUUUUAUGCACUUAACUGUUUAGUAUUUUGGUGCUUCUCAUGAUACUGGUGUCAAUGAUCAGUUUGUGUGAUGAAGUUAUGUGGGUGCUGGUGUUUCAGCAUGUUGUCUACUUACAUGCACACAUUAUUUUGUAUACAAGAAGUAUUUUUAUACACUGAAGUAUAUCUUAUGAAUUGCCUAA